CUCUCAGGUUUGCACAUAAAGAAGAGCGGUUGCACUCUCUCUCUUUCUCACACAUACUGGGUGGUGUCACUCCAUGGUGUGUAAUAGACUGGCACCAUUCACAUUAUAAAAGUUAAAAACGACUAUCUUGAGACUAUACACAGCGCGUCCCGCUUCAACAAUCGUCUUUUUAUUCUCUCUCUCUCUCUCUCUCUCUCACGCAACACAAAACCAAAAUACACGCCCGUCCCCACUACUUUUUUUUCUUUUUUUCUAUUUCUUCCUUUUAGCUGGCGCACCGUUUGAUCAUACUCUUUUGACAGAGAAAAGGCCCAAAGAUAUCAUGAUGGCUCAGGCUUCUUGGGGCACUGAUAACGACACCGGCAGUGGCAAUAGAGCAAGUGAACAAACAAAGGAGCAAGCAACGGGAAUGGAUAAUCAUGACAUGACAUGGAAGAUCGUCGGCAGUCCACCUCGACAAAGCAGUGUCGACGAACUGCACUGUCAGCAGUAUCAUCAUCAUCAUUAUCCUCAGCAACAACCACACCCUCAGCCAAAGAGAGGAGGAGAUCGGCGACGGUCCGUAUCAUCAUCAUCGUCGUCAUCUGAUUGGCCAUCCUUUGGCGGUGCCUUCCAAUGGGAGGGCCCUUCCAUUUUCAACGUUCCCUAUCCAAGCAACAACAACAACAACAACAACAACCUUGACCAGCAGCAGCACCCACGGUCUAGAAGUCUUUCCUUUUCCAUGGGUCAAGAUCCGACCAACUUUGGCUACGAGUACUUUGGAAGUGGCGUCAUUGAACGACAAGGGAAGGGUGGACUAGAAACAACCAUGGAAGAAGAUACAAGUGGUUUGGAUGCUCAAAUGAGCCGAGUACACAUCCGGUCGCAGUCAUCUGGUUCAUCGUCUUUUACUACGUUUGGAGGAGGUAGAGGAGACGGUGGGCUUGUUGGACCUAUGACUCCCUCUUCCUCCGCCUGGCCACCACCACCACCGCCAAUACAAACAGCACUACCACCCGCAUUAACUGGAGGAGGUGGACAUCCAUUGACACCGAUACCACGCAUGACUACUGCUACCACACCAACAGCGACGAGACAUUACGGGCGUCGAGCAUCAGAUCAACAUGAAGAUUAUUUCCACCGAUACCCAUCGCUUUUCGAAAGCAAUACUAGCAAUAAUGCACGCUUCUCGGAUCUGUUCCAACAUCAUCAACAUCAACGGCGAGCUUCCCAACCUUAUGCGUUUCCGGACCCUGCUUCGUAUGAUAUAGGGAAUCCAUACAUUUCCCACCACCACCACCACCAACAACAACAGAAUCGUAGAAACUCGCUAUCGUCAACGGCCAGUGGAGCAUCAUCCAACAAUUUCCCUUUGCAGCCACCACCUACACCUGUUGGCGGUAUGGAACUAUCACCACCACCACCGCUGUUCAUGCUGAACACUGCUACAGCAGCAAAGCAUCAUCAACAGCAACAGCAACUAUCGAGCUUUUCGUCGCCUCUGCCGUCACCUUCCAUACCAUUACUAUCGCCCAGCAUCCUUGGAAGUAGCAGUAGUAGCAGUAGCAAUUAUAUGCCUCCACCGUACUUGCAAAAAGUACCCGAAGAACAAACUACUCCUGUCACGACUACAACUCUUACAACCCACGAGCUAGCGACGACCCCUUUGAAUGCUGCUGCUGCCAUUGAAAAAAAUCCUAUUACCCGUAGUGCGAGUACUGCAGCGACUACAGCUUGUACAGAAGCAGCAACAGUAGUUGCUUCUUCUUCUUCUUCUUCAUCACCGCCUCCCAACGUUACCGCAAAAACGAGUGCUACUUUUGCAACAAUAGCAACAACCGUUACGAGCAACGUCCCAACGAUAUCAGCCACCACUACUCCUGAAAAAGCCUCGACAUCCGAGCAACAAGCACAACAUACACAAAAAGCAGCAGCCGAGAAGAGCAACAACAACAACAACGAUUCACUCUACUUGGUAGAAUUCAAAGCCGGUCGUACCGAUUUCUUUUGCGUAUCCGACCCAAAGAAAAGGCCCAAGGUCGGCGACUUGGUGAUUGUGGAAGCAGAUCGUGGGAAAGACCUAGGCAAAGUGGCGAUGGACAGUGUGUCUUCAGAACAGGUGACACUACUCCAAUCACAAAAGAACAGUAGCAGCCACCACCACAACAACAGCAAUAAUAAUGGUGCUUUUCCAGCAGCAGCAGCAGCAGCAGAAGAAGAAUCACCACAACCAUCCAAUUCGAUAUCGCACUCCUCUUCCUCUUCAGCAACAGCAGCAGCCAUAUUGAACAGCACCAACAGUAAUAGUAAUAGUAACGGUAGUAGCCAACACCAUGUCAAACAGAUUUAUCGUCUAGCACAACCCGAUGAAGUGAACCAGCUUUUGCUCAAGAAGCAAGACGAACAAAGCGCCUUGGCCGUGUGUCAACAAAAGAUCAAGCAAAAAAAGUUGCGUAUGGAUGUAGUGGAUGCCGAGUAUCAGUGGGACCGUCGCAAGUUGACUUUUUACUUUAAUGCUGAACGACGCAUUGACUUUCGGGAAUUGGUCCGUGAGCUUUUCAAGGUUUACAAGACACGCAUUUGGAUGUGCGCAGUAAACCCACAGACGGCGACAACAUCAACAAGCAAUCACACUGCGUCUUCUUCUACUUCUUCUUCUUCGUCGACUACCAAUACCACUACUGCUACUACUAAGUGGUCUUGAGGGCUAGAUCUCAGUACAAACAUACAUAUAUCCUUAUCUCCUCUAUACAAUUCAUCAUUAUACAAUACCGCUUUAUAUAUAUGUAUAUUUUUUCCAACAAGUACCCUUACUACUGUUAUUUCCCCCCUCCCCACCGAACAUUUUUUAUCUUUCUUUCCCCACUUUGACACGCGCUGAAAAAGAAAAAGAAAAAUAUCUGGCUAUCUCCUCAUGUCAGUGCAACUUCAACGUGCUGUGCCUCGACACAUUGUAAUUGUCCUCUCUCAAAUAUAUUAAAAAUCUUUCUUUGCCUUCACUGUUUAUGUUAUGACAUUGAUUAAC